AUGGCGGUCUAUCCGGAGAGCUGCGUGGACGCCGCGGUGCUGGGCUUCGUCGCAGACCUGUCCCUCUCCUCCCCGGGGAACCCCUUCCUCUGCGACUUUGCGCCUGGGCUCCCCUUUGGGGACCGGGGCCUUGCGCUCCAGGAGAGACGACAACCCAGGAACCUGGCGCCCUUUGAGGAGGAGGAUCUAGAGGAGGAGGAGGAGGAAGGGGAAGGAGAGGAGGGGGAGGAGGGGGAAGAGGAGACCGGGAGGGGCGCCUCCCUGCCGGGCCGCCCCCGGAGGAAGAGGGUGAUCACCCACGCCCAGCGCCAGGCCGCCAACGUCCGCGAGAGGAAGCGCAUGUUCAACCUCAACGAGGCUUUCGACCGGCUGCGGAGGAAGGUGCCCACGUUCGCCUACGAGAAGAGGCUGUCCCGCAUCGAGACCCUCCGCCUGGCCAUCGUGUACAUCUCCUUCAUGACGGAGCUCCUGCAGAGCUGCAAGGAGGAGGAGGCCCGCUGA